CUGGGCGUGUCAGACUGGUGAAUGGGAUGGACGCCUGCUCUGGGAGAGUGGAGGUCCUGCACAGCUACCGGUGGGGCACAGUGUGUGAUGAUGGCUGGAUUACAGCUGACGCUCAGGUGGUCUGCAGGGAAGUGGGCUGUGGGGCUCCUCUCUUUACACCAGGCUCUGCAUAUUUCGGACCAGGCACUGGUCCAAUUUGGAUGGAUGAUACAACAUGUACUGGAGAUGAGCCAUCUCUCAUUACAUGUCAGUCUAAGGGAUUUGGAGUCCACAAUUGCAACCAUAGCGAAGAUGCAGGUGUCAUCUGCUCAGUUCAGUCCCGCAACAUUGAGGUAGGUACCGAUGGACAUACUGCAUAUACAUCCUCUGGGCCUCAUGAACAUGGACACAUCACCUUCCUGAAGGUUUGGAGCAACAGCACUUGCAUAACUGGGUAA